AUCGUUGAUUUGGACACUGAACGACUUGAGGAUUGCUAGCUUAGGUUGAGUGUAUUAUCGAACACAUUGAGUCUAUGCGUUCCGCCCCGGUAAAUAUACAAACAUGUGUGGGUGAGCGCAUGUGUGUGUUUGGACUACAGUACGUGGUAUGCGCUAGUGUUAACCAGUGUUAAAUUUAGCCGCCAAGCCUGACAGCCGCAGUUUACGCUCGAUCUAGAGGUAAGAAUUCUUGCUAACAAACAGGCAAGAUGGAAGGCAUUGUGAUGCAACAGCCUCUUGCUAGUGGUGAAAAAUCAGUCAAUUCCCUAGACUAUCUGGCAUCCUUGGAUUUCAUUAAGAUACGACAGAAGGUGGACUUAGCUGAGUUGCUGACUCCAUGGGAAGUAGCGAACCGAUAUGAAGUAUGUGAUGCCAAUGACAGGGUUUUCAUGAGAGUUACAGAAGAGUCCGCUACAUGUGAGAGACAAUGUUGUUUGCCGGUACAAAGAGCACUAGUGCUCCACGUCACAGAUAUGACCGGUCAGGAACUUGCCCAGAUAAAGAAAGACUUUAAGUGUUGCGCAGGAGGCAGCUGUUGUGCUACUGCUGACUGUUGCGCGAUGGAAAUGUUUACUGAGAGUCCUGUUGGUCGAAAUGUUUCGCGUUCACGACAAAUGUUUUAUUGCUGUUUCCCCAAAUUUCACGUGUUUGACGGGUACGGUAAACAAAUGUUUGAAAUAAGUGGACCAUGCUGUCCUUGUCAGGGACCCGGAUGUUAUGGAGAUUUAGAGUAUCCGCUGACAAAUCCCGGGGGGUCAGAUUCCGGUGCCAAGGUGACGAAGAUUUGGGAUGGUGCUGCCAGAGCAUGCUGUACACAUGCCAAUACGUUUGGCUGUCAUUUUCCUCCGAAUAUGGAUGUCCAAAAGAAACUCUCAAUUUUCGGAUCGGUGUUUGCUCUGGAUUACGUGCUGUUUGAGAACAAUGGCGAGGAGGGGUCAUAGGACGUCUAAGAGAGCUGCAGAUAACGAAGUACAGCAGUCUAUUCUAUCGACAUGCUUAUGUUAUGUAUUCAAAUAAUCGUGCCUACCUCAGUUUUGGGAAAUGUCUUUAGAACUGGACAGAUUAUGUAUUUUGUAUGUGUGAACGAUUAUACCAAAGCAUAAUAUAUAAUUUAGAGAGAGGAAGAAUGUUUUCUUUCGACAAAGUCAAUAGCUCAAUGAAGAAAUCUAAAUCGAGGCCGCAGAACGGUGAUAACUUACGAUCUGUACAUGUAUCUGUAUAAUGUGAUCAUUUUACUGGCCUCUGCAACACACAGUUUUAUAUUCAAAAUUUACAACGAUAGUAAAACACCUGUUGGACCUGAAUGCAAGCAUUCAUGUAUGGUUCAGUAACAGACUUUGAAAGGAGUGUUCAUUUCUUAAUAAAUGGACUUUGAGUCAAUCGGGUUAAAAUGGACGAUAUAGAUUUCUUUCAUAUCUUGAAUUAGAAGUUACACACGUCUUGAAAUUAAGCGUUAAUUCCUGGACAAAAUUGUUGUUCUAUUAAUCAAAACAUCAUAUAUCAGCGCCAUGAUGAACAAUGCUUCAAAACGUUUGUAUUAUUGACACGGAUUUCAUUUAGAAAUAUUAACAUUUUAGAACUUCAAAAAACGGAUCACGGUUAGCAAAAUUUAUUUUUGGUGCUUUUGAAUCAGUUCAUGUAAAAUAUAAACUAAAAUCUAUGAGUUUAUAUAAAUGUGGAGGACGUUCGUGCGGUAAAUGAAUCGCAUAUAGGAUCUGUGCUUUUUGAAUAAUUACUUAUGCAUUGUAAAAUCAAUCAAUCAAUCAAAUCUGUACCUCUCUUAACCAAUAUAUAUCAUUGUAUGUAUUGUUAUUGAUUAAAAAUUCCAGUAUUGUAAACAGA